GAGAGCGGCAGAGGGGCCCGCGGCCGCGGGGCAUAGGCCGCGUUAGAGCCCCGGGAGGGUCCGAGGCAGGAGCCUGCGCGGAGGGAAAGGGAGAGAGAUGGGGGGUGGCUGUGGGUUCGUUUAAAAUUGGAAGGGACGUGGAGAAGUCGUCCGUCUGUCGUAUGUUUAGAAGAGAGAAAGUUUCUACUGUGCGCUUUACUUCUGUGAUGUCCAGUCUCAUCUGUUGAUACUUCCUAUGUAACUCCAUGGUAAAACAUCUUCAGAGAGUUUAAGUUUGGUUAUUGCAUCAUCUGGAUCCAGAAGUCACUUUUUAAGAAAAUGUGGAUGGCUAAAAGUGUUUGCACUGCUCAAAUACUGUUGUUCCAGUUGAAAGAAGGCAGAUUGUGUAGUUGUAUUUUUCCAAAAACUAAGCAGUUUGGGAUUGGAAUUCUAAAUUUUUGCACCGUAAGAGCCCCACAAAAUGGAGAUAAAUUCCUGGUUUCCAGCAUAAAUGAUAAACCAACAGUAGGAGACACAAGGACGGCUACUAGUGCAGAGGAAAAUAAAACAGCUCCUGAAAAAAGUCCCAGGGCAGUUCAUGAUGGAAGCUGGCAUUCAUUAGAAGCAAAAAUGAGACACAUCAAUCUGUCGUUUGCAGCAUGUGGGUUUCUGGGUAUUUACCACUUGGGGGCAGCAGCUGCUUUUUGCAGGCAUGGUAAGAAGUUACUGAAAGUUGUGAAAGCUUUUGCGGGAGCUUCUGCGGGAUCACUGGCUGCCACUGUCUUAUUAACAGUACCAGAAAAUAUAGAGAAAUGUAAGCAGUUUGCCUAUGGAUUUGCGGAGGAAGUUAGAGAAUUGGACUUUGGUGCUGUAACACCUGGUUAUGACUUUAUGAAAACACUUAGGGAAGGCAUAGAGUCUAUUCUUCCUUCUAAUGCUCAUGAGAUAGCUGAGAACCGGCUCUAUGUGUCAGUCACUAACACCAAAAAUGGGAAAAAUCACUUGGUUUCAAGUUUUCCCACCAGGGAGGACCUCAUUAAGGUCCUGUUAGCAAGUAGUUUUGUACCACUAUAUGCAGGGAUUAAGCCAGUGGAGUAUAAAGGAGAGAAGUGGGCUGACGGGGGCCUUACCAAUGGUCUUCCUAUCUUGCCUGUUGGAAGAACUGUGACGAUUUCUCCUUUCAGUGGGCGAUUAGAUGUCUGUCCACAAGAUAAAGGACGUGUGGAUCUUUAUCUUAAAUUAGCAAAGCAAGAUAUAAUGCUCUCUCUGGCCAACCUAAUAAGACUUAAUCAAGCUUUAUUCCCACCAAACCAAGAGAAAAUGGAAUCACUGUACCAAAAUGGAUUUGAUGAUGCUGUACGUUUUUUACUGAAAGAAAACUGGUUUGAAUAAGAUGGUACAUAGAAAAUUAUUGAAAUCUGAUGGCUGUUAAAACACUGCUGUGGACAUCCUACACAGUCUAAAGGGUUGCUGUCCCUGUUCUGGUUUAUGGAAAUAAAAAUCCCAGUGGAAUUGUGUCAGCUUCUGCCAAGAAAGUAUCGGUUGCACUCUGAAGACCUAUAAACACGUCAGAAUGGGAAUUCCACUGUCCUGAUGGUUGUCUUGUUUUGAGGAGGUUCAAGUUUAGAUUCAUUUUGCUUGCAUUGAGGAAGUCAGUGUGGGAUUUAAGCUCAGGUUGUUGUAAUUGCAGGAAUUUGAAGGAGUCUUCUUCAGCAUUAUUUGAGACACAGAUGGAGGUUGGCACCAUGAGAAAUUAAAAUCUCUAUUGUUCAAUUAAUGUAAUAGUUAUGUGUGCUAAUUGACUUCUCAGAAGUAUUGCUGAUCUAAUACAUAUCUUGCAGUGUUCUAACAGACUUGAACACUUAGCACUAGUCACAAGAAAUAAAACAUUUGCACUCUUUUAUUCUAUGUAUAUUUUUAACAUGUUUGUUUUCAGUGGAUGUGGUCUUUAAAAUUUGAAGUACUAGUUGAAAUUUGAAACAGAAGUGUGGCAUUUGAAUAUAAAAAUAUAUUGUAAAGAAUGGUGUAAGAAAUUGUUAUAUUUAUUAUGUUCUC